AGAUUUGGGCAACAACUAUUCCCAGAAGGGAAGCCAUUAUUAGGCUUAUAAAUCGCAAUAAACUCACAGAAGAACAGGCCAAUAAUAGAAUAGAUGCCCAACCUUCAAAUUGUUUCUAUGUUAAAGCAGCUCACGUUGUAUUCUGUACAUUAUGGCCUGUAGAGUAUACCAAAGAGCAGGUUGUAAAAGCGUGGCAGCUGCUGCAGGAAAGACUCUAGGACUGACAGCUGUGCAUUGUUAUUAUGUUGUCUUGUGAAAAUAGCUAUUUUUAUAUGAUUGAAUUCUCGCACACAAAGAAUAGAUUAUUUGUACUUAUAUGAAUUUAAAAUGUUUCAUUAAGCUCACCAAGUCACUGAAGUUUAAAUUUAUUUAUGGAUUCACUUCAACUAUUUACUCAAUUUUUCAUUGUGUCGAAACAAAAACAAAAAAAUUUCUUUGCUCACAAAUACACUUUUUGUUAAUAUACUCAUGUUUAUAUAUCACA